UGUAGCAUCACGUUCCCGCCGUCCCCCGUACGUCAGUCGCGCACGGUCUGUUCGGUUUGCUGUGCUGUUCGUGUCGAAAACAAUAUUAUUUUGUUAUAUCAAUUGAUUGACUAUUGUUUAUUUUAUAUUAUUGAGUUAAAAAGUAUUGUGUUAAUGAGCGCCUGUGUGCGGAAAUCGGAAUUCGCAUGGAUUGAGUGACGAUGUUACCACCUACGGCCGGUAUAGCAGAAGAACAACGCGACCGGCCUGGCAUGGCUGCAUUCCAACAACGCCGAGACGUUAGAGAAUUGACCAGGGAUAUCAUUAGAGACGGACGAGUAUCAAAUAGACAGCAAUCAAUGUCGCCUGGAGGCCGCGAACGUUUUCCGUCGACGUCAUCGACGGACGACAACGAGAGCGGCACGGACGGGGAAGCCGACCGCUCGCGGCUGGCGCGCCAGAUCCUGCAUGGGGUACACGCGACCCCCCCGCCCGGCAUCAUAGCCGUGCGCAAACGCCGCGGCAACCUGCCCAAGACCUCGGUGAAGAUCCUCAAGAGGUGGCUAUACGACCACAGAUACAACGCCUACCCGAGUGAUGCAGAGAAACUGACGCUCAGCCACGAGGCCAAUCUUACUGUGUUGCAAGUAUGCAACUGGUUCAUAAACGCGCGCCGGCGCAUCCUGCCCGAGAUGAUAAGGCGCGAGGGCCACGACCCGCUGCACUACACCAUCUCGCGGCGCGGCCGCAAGCAGCCGGGCGGCGCCUCGGGCAGCGGCUCCGGGGUCGUCGUGUCCUGGGACGGGGUCGAGGGGGAAAUUAACGAGCAAGACCGCACCGGCGAGCAGGAGUACAGCGACGGGCUGCUGGUGUACCGCAGCGACGGCGACGAGCUCGGCGACGGCGAGGAGGGCUACUCCUCCAACGACGUCAGCGAGGAGGACGUCAAGUACGGCGCCCCCCACUGGAACUCCGUCGUGCGCUACGGCCCGGAGGACGCGCCCGCCGCGGCCGCCGGGUCUUCUUUCAGAACCGCGGCCGUGGUGACGGUGCGCACGUCGGAGGCUUCCGAGGGCGGCUGGCAGACGCAGAUCGCGCACCCGCUGCGGGGCCGGAUACAGGUGGUGCCGAGCGCGGCGCCGGCGGAGGGCGAGCGCGACAAGUUCAAGUGUCUGUACCUGCUGGUGGAGACCGCCGUGGCCGUGCGGCAGCGCGAGCAGGAGGCCGACCACCUGCCCGGCUAGUGGUUUCCUGGCCAUUUUCUAAGCGUGUGCUCGAUCACACGAGAAACGAGACCGGGCGUCGUCGGAGGAAGGGUAACUUGUAAAUGCGUUACUUCCGUUGGUCGCUCGAUGGCGAAUAUACGAAACUUCGUCGAAAAAUUUUCUAACGUGGAAAAGUUUUUUGUCAAAAUUAUUAUAAAAUGAAAGUCAAUAGAAACAGUCGUGCUAAGAAAGAUAUAAAAGAAAAAAAUGGAGAUAAUUAUAUCUCUUGUGCUAACAAUUUGUAUCGGAACCCACUAAAUAGAGUAACAAGCACAUUAUGAACGUAUUGUAUGAGAUUUUUUGUAAUUGAGUAUAAAUAUUUUAAGAUAACAAAAUUGUGCCAGAAAUAUUUUUACUUAAUUCAAAAGUACCUUUUGCAUGAUUAUGUAAACUUAAGGCAAUGUUAGAGUAUAUCUUUUGUUUUUGUAAACCCCUCUUUUAUACACUUCUUUGACACACUGGAAUUUUAUAUUCUUCAACACACGUUUUCAUAAUAUAUAAUACAAUUUUAACAGUAGAAUUUUGUUUCUUAUUGAUUUGGAAAAACAUCGUUGGUUUCAAUAUCUACUUUCAAUAUAUUAUGUCAUAUUAUAUACAAUACGACUAAUAAUCCUAACUGCAAAUCCACUGCCACACAGUAAACUAGUUAGAUCGGCCCAUACAUUAGUUUUAAAACUUUAUACGUCCUUGAAAUCUGUGAGUAGUUUUCAAUAAAAUAUAUGCUACCUUUUAUGACAAUGGGUCACGCAUUUUUCUUGUACCUAUAUCCUAUCUAGUAAGGACAAUCAGGUGCGAUUGUUAAAUAUUUUGGAAAUUAUAUGUAAAGCUAGCUUUUGCACGGGUUUCGCCCCGUGGAUAAUUCCAAAAAAAAAAAGGAAUCUAUGUUACUCGUGAUGGUCUAUUCUAUACCUGUGCCGAAUUUCGUGUAAAUCAGUCUAGAGAGGUUAGUGCGAAUUUUACUUGAUCAAACGUUUUGAGCAAGUAAUCACGAAUUUGUAUGGAAUUGCAUUAGUGCCAUCGCGUUACCACUAGGUGGCGCUAAUCGAAUCACACACAAAUUCGCGUUUACUUGCUCGACGCGUUUGAUCGAUUAAAACUCGCAUUAACCCCUCAGUUGCUUGUACUUUAUUAGUAAUCUUAAAUAACGCAUCACCAUAAAAUAGCGAAUUGAGCUACACGGGUAUUGACUUAUCUUCCCUCUGAUAAUAAGUUGAAUUGGACCAAUCGCGCCUAUAAGUUGUGAAAUGGGAGACGAAGGUCAUAAUCAUCCCUAAAAUAAUUAUUGGGUACUCCUACUAUAACAGUAAAAUAUUUUUAUUUUUUUGGUAAAUAUUAUUGUUGAUAAACAUUUUACCUAUCUAAGGUUUUGCCUGUUUUUAUCAGCUGUAUAUUGUUAAACUCCAAUCCAUGCCUUAGCAUAGAGUGCUUAAGACUAUUUAUUUCAAUAAAUUGAAGUCACAUGUUGUAUGAAAAGUUUGAGUGAUAUACCAGUUUUAUUUUUAUAUUAUUCAUUCAGAAUGACGCCAUUUGUCCCGCUGCAAUACUUGUGAGCUAUGAGGAAAAAAAUUACCCGUAGUCCCAAUUUUUGGGGGCAGUGGUGGGAUCACAAAUAAAAAGCGGAUUUGUAAACGCUCCUGAAUGCACGUUAUCCUUAAAAUAUAGUGAUCACACUCAUCGAUAUGUAUCAAGUGGACGAAAAAUAUUUUAUCAAUAGUUUUAUAAGCAAUAUGUAUUUUAUGUAUAUUUAUAAUUAUUAUGAGGUUAGAGGCAUGAUUUGGUCUAUUAAUAUUUAUAUAAUAUUAUCAGUCUGAAUAUAGUCUAGUUUAACAUAGAACUUAGAUGUACCAUUGAUCAUAAAAGGGAAAAAUUAUCCGUGUAAAUAAUUACUCGUAUAUAUUUUCUUUGUAGGUAUAUUGUGCAAUUUGUUUGCCAAAUCAAGUUUGUGAAAAGACUGUAAGGUUUCUCAUCAUAUGAAACAGUUCCUUAGUUUUCUAUUAUAUUGUAGAUCGCGAGAAUUAAUCCGAAAAAAAAUUGCAUGAAAAUUACGGUUAAUUAAUUGAAACUGAUCUUUAAACAAUGUAUAUUACUUAAAAUUAGGUUUUUAGACGCCGGUAAAUCACAAUCUUAAGUUAGUUUUUAACCUUUUACGUGGCGAUUAAUUUUAUUCAACAAUAUCUUCGCUGUGAAUUGAAUAAACCUCAACGUAAUUCGUACAUUAUGUACACAUCUUCAGCAAAUGUAAUCCAAAUAGUUAUAUUUUCGACAUUUCUGCUUUCUAUGACAUGAUUUUUAAUAUAAAGGCUUAUUCACACGGCGAAGCUUGUUUUUGUAUUUACGUUGUGUUUUGCAUUUGUGCCGUGUGAUAACGCCCGAACACUAUGCGUCGAUCUUAGAUCGUAUUGGGAUAGUUUUUGUUUUGUUCUUUAUGCUUAGUGGCUUAGCGCUUUGUUAUUAUGGCGAUUUGUGGCGUUUGACGUCACUAGUGCAAAUAACUUUGGUCGGAAAGUGUGUGUAACUCAAUACGUUGACCAAAAAUUAUACUUUAGGUGCAAAAAAUUGAGUAAAUACUAAAAAGUUGACAUUCGAAAUUUGCAGUAUCAAUUUUUUAUAUAAAAAAUCUUCUACGCAUCGUAUACCAUAGAGUUUAAUUUUGAUUCAACUUUUGUGCACUGCUACAUUAGUGAAUAGUCACACUGAAUCUUAUCAUAUAUGUUUUUAAACAACAGUAUUGAAAAGUACAGGAGUCAUUUAUCAAUAGUGUAUCUCAGUUACCGCUAGCUUGGGAUCCGCGGGGCAAACAAGUCCCCGUAGCACGCGCGACGCCGUUUUUAUCGCGCGAUAAAUUAUCACUGUUUCACUUUUUAUUAUGACGUCAAACAGGACAGCAAUACACGAUGAUACUCGUGUAUUUUUACGGUGGCUGGUCACCAUUCUUUCCAACCAAUGUUGUUUGUAGUAACUAAGUCACAAGCUACUAAGCACAAGUUGCAAAAGGAUGCGUAUUAGUGACAGGCACGAACGGGAUGUUAUUUUAAUUGAUUGUCUAUUAAUUAAUAUUAGUUUUGAAGGCUUUUUAUUUUAAGGUAAGCUAUGUGUAUGAACAAGCAAAUUUAGGUUAUUUUUUAGAUAUAAUCGAGUCAUCUCAGAAGUUUUGAGUAGCUAUAAUAUGUUUAUUGUGCCUCUUGUGAAUGCGCGGAAUUUUAUUUGCUUUAGUCUAAGGUGUAUUUUCGUUCAGUUUUCGUCCUAAGAAUGUUUUAGUUUACCUGAGUACAAUAACAGGUUCAGGCGUACCACGUAUGUCUUAGCGACUAGAUUUACUGUCUGUACAUAAUAUGUAACCUUGUGUAAGAGCGAAAUUGUUAGCGAUUUAAAUGAAUAAAAUUGAUUUCACUAG